CCGGGGCGUUGCUUCCGUUUCCGCCUGGUCUCCGGCUGUCAAGAGUCCGCUGAAUUCAGGUAGGUCCGGGGCGGCAAGCGGGGAUCCUCCGGGGCCGGAGACGGGGCGGGCCUCCCGUCGCCCUCGCCCCAGGCCUCUGGCCCUGCUGGCUGGGGCAGGCGGGGGCUGGAGGGCAACCCGCGCGGCCGCCCAGGCGCUGCGCUGCGCUGCUCUGCGUCGAGGGGCAGAGGCCUCCUUUCUCCGGCGGACAUGCGUGCAAAUGCCAAUGUCCUGAAAAACGAGCCUUUAUUUUGCAUGCUUCCGGUGCGGUUCAUUUCGAGCUCUUUGCUAUGUGGCUUUAAAUGUGCUUGUGCCUGGUGGGGUUAUUGGUUCGCUUCGUUAGUGUGCUUGUUUUUAUUAUGUUCUCUGUGGUUUUAUUCUGCAUUUUUUUUGCUGUGAACCACCCUGAGAUCUUCAGAUGAAGGGCGGUAUGCAAAUUUAAUAAAUAAUAGUAAUAAUAAUAAUUGUUUGGAAUCCAUCUGAGGAUAAAUAUACAGAAUGUGAAUCCAUCCCUUUGCAGUUGGAUUGUUGAAAGAGUGGUUAUCGUGUAACUGUAAAAUACUGGGGGACAACUAGAAGUGGAUUCCUGUGUUUUAUCCUAGUUAUGUGCCUUUGAGAGUUGUGAAUAAAGACAACAUUUCCCAUGAUGUUAACGUUCUGGCGGGAGAAGUUGUACUGGUAACACUUCUCUAUCUUAAUUUUCUUUAAUCAUCAGUAUUCCCUGUCAGUUGAGAAAGCAUCCCCCCAUUUUCUUUCGAUUCUGCUUUUAAAAACUGUAUACCCCACCUGUUUUAGGACCAAGUGGCAUAAGACAUACACUUUUAAACAAAUGAAUCAUCCUGUCUUUUCUUCCCAACAGAGCCUCAGAAAGCAGGAGGCCAAAGGUCUCCUUGCUCAGCAGUUUCUUGGGGUUGUUCUGGUACCAGAUCGGGAUGAUUGAAGUGGUUUGCAACGAUCGGCUGGGCAAGAAAGUGAGAGUGAAGUGCAAGUAUCCAAAGCUCAAAAGAAGUAGCUUCUGCAGGAGGCUCGAAUGGCAUCUUCCUGCCCUAUAUGCAGCAAUUGUGUUUUAUUUGAGGCUCUGGUGUAUGAAGAGGAGGCAAGGUAGUGAUCACUUGGGAUGUGAACAUGGUUUGAAUGGAGGUUCCAUUUUUUAAUUGUGUAGCUGUUGUUUAGUUGUUUAGUUGUGUCCGACUCUUCGUGACCCCAUGGACCAGAGCACGCCAGGCACUCCUGUCUUCCACUGCCUCCUGCAGUUUGGUCAAACUCAUGCUGGUAGCUUCAAGAGCACUGUCCAACCAUCUUGUCCUCUGUCGUCCCCUUCUCCUUUCCCAACAUCAGGGUCUUUUCCAGAGAGUCUUCUCUUCUCAUGAAGUGGCCAAAGUAUUGGAGCCUCAGCUUCAGGAUCAGUCCUUCCAGUGAGCAUUCAGGGCUGAUUUCCUUCAGAAUGGAUAGGUUUGAUCUUCUUGCAGUCCAUGGGACUCUCAAGAGUCUCCUCCAGCACCAUAAUUCAAAAGUAUCAAUUCUUCAGCGAUCAGCCUUCUUUAUGGUCCAGCUCUCACUUCCAUACAUCACUACUGGGAAAACCAUGGCUUUAACUAUACAGACCUUUGUUGGCAAGGUGAUGUCUCUGCUUUUUAAGAUGCUAUCUAGGCUUGUCAUCGCUUUUCUCCCAAGAAGCAGGAGUCUUUUAAUUUGUGACUGCUGUCACCAUCUGCAGUGAUCAUGGAGCCCAAGAAAGUAAAAUCUCUCACUGCCCCCUUUCUUCCUCUUCUGUUUGCCAGGAGGUGAUGGGACCAGUGGCCAUGAUCUUAGUUUUUUUGAUGUUGAGCUUCAGACCAUAUUUUGCACUCUCCUCUUUCAUCCUCAUUAAAAGGUUAUUUAAUUCCUCCUCACUUUCUGCCAUCAAGGUUGUGGUCAUCUGCUUAUCUGAGGUUGUUGAUAUUUCUUCCGGCGAUCUUAAUUCCAGCUUGGGAUUCAUCCAGCCCAGCCUUUCGCAUGAUAAAUUCUGCAUAUAAGUUAAAUAAGCAGGGAGACAAUAUACAGCCUUGUCGUACUCCUUUCCCAAGUUUGAACCAAACAGUUGUUCCAUAUCCAGUUCUAACUGUAGCUUCUUGUCCCACAUAGAGAUUUCUCAGGGGACAGAUGAGGUGAUCAGGCACUACCAUUUCUUUAAGAACUUGCCAUAGUUUGCUGUGGUCGACACAGUCAAAGGCUUUUGUGUAGUCAAUGAAGGAGAAGUAGAUGUUUUUCUGGAACUCUCUAGCUUUGUCCAUAAUCCAGCGCACGUUUGCAAUUUGUUCUCUGGUUCCUCUGCCCCUUCGAAAUCCAGCUUGUACUUCUGGGAGUUCUCGGUCCCCAUACUGCUUAAGCCUGCCUUGUAGAAUUUUAAGCAUAGCCUUGCUAGCAUGUGAAAUGAGUGCAAUUGUGCAGUAGUUGGAGCAUUCUUUGGCGCUGCCCUUCUUUGGGAUUGGGAUGUAGACUGAUCUUCUCCAAUCCUCUGGCCACUGCUGAGUUUUCCAAACUUGCUGGUAUAUUGAGUGUAGCACCUUAACAGCAUCAUCUUUUAAAAUUUUAAAUAGUUCAGCUGAAAUAUCAUCACUUCCACUGGCCUUGUUAGUAGCAGUGCUUUCUAAGGCCCAUUUGACUUCACUCUCCAGGAUGUUUGGCUCAAGGUCAGCAACCACACUGCCUGGGGUAUACGAGACAUCCAUAUCUUUCUGGUAUAAUUCCUCUGUGUAUUCUUGUCACCUCUUCUUGAUGUCUUCUGCUUCUGUUAGGUCCUUACCACUUUUAUCCUUUAUUAUGGUAAUUUUUGCAUGAAAUGUUCCUUUCAUAUCUCCAAUUUUCUUGAACAGAUCUCUGGUUUUUCCCAUUCUAUUGUUUUCCUCUAUUUCUUUGCAUUGCUCGUUUAAGAAGGCCCUCUUGUCUCUCCUUGCUAUUUUUUGGAAAUCUGCAGUCAAUUUCCUGUAUCUUUCACUACCUCCCUCGCAUUUUGCUUGCCUUCUCUCCCCUGCUAUAGCCACAGUCAGCUGCAGGUCUUGUUUUUGCUGACUGUAUAGAGCUUCUCCAUCUUUGGCUGCAGAAUUGUGUGGCUAGCAAGAAGAUAUAAUAAGAUAUCUCUUACUGUGAUUGCAGGGUUUAUGGGAGGGGUAGUACCUUUGGUUGGGGAACACGUUUUGCUCCUUCUGGGGUAGUUUAUUCACCUUUGGUCCCCACACUGCUCUCAGCUCUCGCCUGUGGCUCCUAGAAGCUGUCAGCAUGUGGAAUCAGCCACAACCCAGGAAACAGCUUAGACUGGCUGGGGAAACCAGGUUAAGGUAGCCAACAGGAGAGGCAAUGGGUAUGUGAAAAUGGAGGUGAAAAAGUGCAGCUAUAAGUACUCAGGCUUCAGCUCAGUUGGGAUUGAGUAUUUAAGAUCUCACAGAAGAGCUGGGGAGUAAAGAGAAAGGGAGAACUGGCACUGUUUAGGAAGAAGAUUUCAGGUCUAAGGCAGGCAUCUCCAAACAUGGCCCUCCAGACGUUUUGGGACUACAGUUCCCAUCAUCCCUGACCACUGGUCCUGUUAGCUAGGGAUGAUGGAAGUUGUAGUCCCAACGCAUCUCAAGGGCCAAGUUUGGGGGUGCCUGGUCUAAGGGAAUGGGUCGUUUAAGGGUGCAGGAAACCUUUGGGUGACUGAAGCAGCACAAUCAUGCCUUUUCGUAAAUUGUGACACACAUUUUAUGGUUGGAGAUGAGGAAAGGGUUCUGUCAUAAGUGUUUGGAUCGUACAUGUCUAACUCAGGAGUGAGAAAGCUGUGGCCCUCCAGGCGGUGCUGGACUGAAAUCUUCCUCCUCUCUAUGUAUUGGCAAUUCUGCCUGGGGCUGAUGGGAGCUGGAGUCCAAAAACAUUUGAAGGGUCAGAGGUUAGUCACCCUUUGUUUAAGUGGUAUCCACCCUGAGCUUGUAACAUCCAAAUAUGUUUCUUCUCCCAUGUAUUGGCAAGCAUAACUCGAGGCCGCUGUGUGUGAUAUACAUGUGUGCACAGCCCCAAUUGUAUUGGGCAUCCAGGUACUAAAUUGCUUGGGACUGGUAGAUGGUGCACAAUGAACACAUAGUCUGCUUACUGCUUUUGAUUUAAGACAUCCUUUCCUUAACUCGUACCACCACUCAGCUCUGACGACACCAUUAGGGACUUGAAAAAGCUCAUUGCUGCGCAGACUGGCACGCGGUGGGACAAGAUUGUGCUGAAGAAAUGGUGAGUAGAAAUGAGCAAAGCAUCAGGGCCCCUCAGGCAGUUCCCUCAGCUUGUUCUUAGCACUAACAAUGCAAUAGCACAGUUCAUGCUUUCAGUACAAGAAGCCCAGAUCUCCAGGUUUCCACACAUGAUUACAGACCUGCGUGCAUGUUGUACUGCUUAGUAUUGAUCUUCGUAAACCACUUACAGUAUUUGUAUAGUUCCUUUCAACCAUAGUGGUUCUUCAAAGCAAUUAUCAUCAUCAAAAACAGCAAUUGAUAAUAUCAAUUAAAAGCAAUUUUAAACUAUAAUGAGCCAUACCAAAACAAGGAAAAUAUGAUAGUGGCACAAAGUUCCAAAAUUGCCAGGUAAAAAUCAAACAGAAGAGCCAUGACAAAAUAAAUAAGUCUUGCCCUCUGAGAGGAAUAGAAAGAAUGUGCCAACCAUACUCGGAGGAAGAGAGAAUCUCAUAGCUUAGGGGCAGGCCGCUGAAAAGGCCUUACUCUUCAGUGAUGAUAGGCUAAACUCCAUAGUUGCAAUGUGGAGUGGGCCUGAUGAAUAGUUUUUAAUGUCUAGGGUGGGUGUGCCUCAUAUAGAAAGAAGCUGGGGAAACCUAGCCAGAUGGGCGGGGUAUACAUAAUAAAAUUGUUGUUGUUAAGGACCCAUUCCAUUUAGGACUUUCAAGGCCAAAUCCUUCAAUCUGAGUUGCAGUAAGAAACAGAUCUCUUAAAAUGGGCAUAACCUGAUUGCAGAAUCUUACUCUUGUUGCAAAUGGGUAGCUAUAUCUGUACCAGUUGAAGUUUCUAUGCCAACUUUAAGGACAGCUCCAUAGAAAAGCCUAUUGGCUCUGGUGUGUGUGUGUGUGUGUGUGUGUGUGUGUAUAUAUAUAUAUAUCCAUCCAUCACGUUAGUUGUCGUAUUUAAUUGAGCUGUGUAACAAAUUACGGUUGACUAACUGCCUUUCUUGUUAAUGUUUUAGGUAUACAAUUUUCAAGGACCAUGUUUCAUUGGCUGACUGUAUCCUUAAAAAAUCUUGGUGAUUUGCGGUAAAUUAAUAGGCUGGCCAGGUGGGUCCAGAGGAGGUGGGGGAAGGGAAAUGAAAGAAGGGGGUAAUACUCUUCAGCUUGAACUGAGCAGAUUUCGAUCAUGGUUAAUUUAUUUCUUUUUUACUCCAGUUGGGUGGAGUAUAAAUAAUUUACAUAAAUAAAUUUAUGUAAACUAUUUCUCUACUACUUUACAUCUAUAAAAUAAUAAUAAUCACUUUCCUACCAUGCACAUAGACCGAAACUUUUAAAGAUGUGUAGAUUGGUUUCUACUUAAGAACGCUUUCCAUAAAAUAUUGAAGUGAAUUCACAGUAAAGACAACGAUAAAACAAUUAAAAACAGUACCAGUUUUAAAAUGAUAUGACUACUCUGUGCAGUUCGGCAGCAUUUAGAGUGAAUCUGUUGGGAUGUAUAUGUGCUUGGAUAAUUCAUAAAUUAAGUAUGAAUUUGAGCACCUAUGAUAAAUUUCAAAAGUGUCAUUAUUCUGGCAUUGUGGUAGAUUUUUCCCAUCAUAUACAUCAAGCUCAAUUCAUAAAAAUACAGAAAUAUUUUUCAGUGGAAUUUUACCUUAACUCCUCACUUCCAGAUGAAAUUCACGAUGGCAUGAACCUAGAACUAUAUUAUCAGUAGUUUCGUUGUGGCAGAUGCUGCCUUUUCUAUUGUCUGUUUUUUUUCAUUCUUUGUUUUUCAUUUGACAAACUCUUGAUUAUUUGGCUGCAUGAGGUUUAGUUAAGAGUAUUUUAUCCCUGAGCACAAUAUACCAGAAAUGAAUACCAGACUAUUCAGACUGUCUUUUAUUGUUUUGGUUUUUAAAAAAUCUUUAUAAUAAACGUGAACCAAUAUGUGUGACCUG